UCUCUCUCUCUGUCUCUCUAAACUAACACCACAGGUCCACAGACAGGCUAAUUGUUGAUCCUUUGACAGAGGAGUGAAAAGACAGAGCCUAGCCGAGUCCCGGAGACCACAGGUUGCCCUGCCAUCUCCCUGUUACCACCUCCAGCAAGGCAUCAUCCAUGGCUAAAGGCUUCUACAUCAGUAAGAACAUGGGGCUAGCAGGUCUUCUGAUGGGGGCUGUAGCAGUGGUCAUCAUCAUAGCCCUGGCAGCAGUCUACGAUAAAGAAAAGACCAAGAACCAGAAUAAACCUGUGGAUGGUGUGGCCAUGUUGACCACUGCCUCUCCAACCACCUCCUCCACCCUCUCCACUCCUAAAGACCCCUGGGAACACUACAGACUGCCUGACUCCCUGUCUCCUGUCUCCUACAACAUCACCCUCUGGCCUCGACUGGUUGUCAAUGCCUCUACUGGCCUCUACAUCUUCACAGGACAGUCAACUGUGGUGUUCCAGUGUAAGAAGGACACAGAUCUGAUCAUCAUCCACUGUAACAAGCUGAACUUGACUCUGCUCAACGGCCACCAUGCUAGACUGACUGGCCUGGAUGGAGCGACUGCUCCCACCGUAAAGACUAGCUGGCUGCAGGUGAAGACGGAGUACCUGGUCAUUCAGCUGAAUGGGAAGCUAACUGCUGGGAAAUCCUAUAGACUUUCCACAGACUUCCAGGGAGAGCUGGCUGAUGAUCUGAAAGGAUUCUAUAGGAGUGAAUAUACAGAAGAUGGUGGUAAAAAAGUUGUAGCCACGUCUCAGAUGCAGGCUACGUUCGCCAGGAAAGCCUUCCCCUGUUUUGAUGAACCUGUCAUGAAGGCCGUCUUCCACAUAACACUCAUCCACCAACGAGGAACUGUAGCUCUGUCCAACGGCCGGGACGUUGAGACCGUCAACAGCACCAUAGACAGCACUGAAGUCACCAUCACCAGAUUUGAGCCCACUAAAAGAAUGUCAACAUACCUCCUGGCAUUUAUCGUCAGUGACUUCGAUCAUAUCACUGGAUCGAUAGAGAACAACAAUGUUUUGGUCCGUAUCUGGGCUCGGAGGAAAGCUAUAGCUGAGGGACACGGAAACUAUGCUCUCAAUGUUACAGGACCAAUGCUCAAGUUUUUUGAACGAUACUACAAUGCCAGCUACCCACUGUCCAAGUCAGACCAGAUAGCUCUCCCUGACUUCAAUGCUGGAGCCAUGGAGAACUGGGGUCUGAUCACCUACAGAGAGACAGCCCUCCUGUACGAUCCAGCCAUCUCCUCUGUUGGAAACAAAGAGAGAGUCUUGACUGUGGUGGCUCACGAACUGGCUCAUAUGUGGUUUGGGAACCUGGUGACUCUGAGAUGGUGGAAUGACCUGUGGCUGAACGAGGGCUUUGCCAGCUACGUGGAGUAUCUAGGAGCUGACUACGCUGAACCCACGUGGAACAUCAAAGAGCAGACCAUCCUGAAUGAUGUCCACAAGGUGUUUGCUGUGGACGCCCUGGCCUCAUCUCAUCCUCUGUCCCGGAAAGAGGAGGAAGUCAACCAGCCUGACGAGAUCAGUGAGAUGUUCAACACCAUCUCCUACAGCAAGGGUGCUGCAGUUCUGAGGAUGCUUUCUGAGUUCCUGACAGAGCCGGUCUUCGCCAGAGGACUUAGUUCAUACCUGAAUGAGUUUGCCUUCAACAACACAGUGUAUUCAGAUCUCUGGGAUCAUCUUCAGAAAGCAGUCCUCAGCACUCCAGGGAUGAGUCUACCUCACACAGUGCAUGACAUCAUGAACCGCUGGAUCCUUCAGAUGGGCUUCCCAGUGGUUACCAUAGAUACGGCCACGGGACACAUUACCCAGAAGCACUUCCUCCUGGACCCUGACUCUGUAGUGGACAGACCCUCUCCAUACAAUUACACCUGGUUGGUCCCCAUCAAAUGGAUGAAGGGAGGAGUUGAGAGAGAGCAACACUGGCUUCUUCAGGAAACAGGUAUUUCUAAUGCCAACACCCCCAUGACAACAGCAGGAUCUGAGUGGGUUCUGGCCAACCUCAAUGUGUCUGGCUAUUACAGGGUUAACUACGACAUGGACAACUGGGAACGACUCCUCAACCAGCUCACCACAGACCACACGGUCAUUCCUUUAAUUAACAGAGCUCAAAUAGUGGACGAUGCCUUUAAUCUGGCCAGGGCCAAGGUGAUCAACACGACAUUAGCUCUGAGGACCACCAGGUACCUGUCUCAGGAGAGAGACUACAUCCCCUGGGAGUCAGCUCUCAGGAAUCUCAACUACUAUAUCCUCAUGUUCGACCGUGGACAGGCAUACGGGUGCUACAGGUGGGGUUACCUGAAGAUGCAGAUCACCCCCCUGUUUGAGUACUUCAGGACCAUAACAGUUGAUUGGACCAGAGUCCCCACUGGACACAACGACCAAUACAACCAGAUCAACGCCAUAUCUUUUGCGUGUCGUAUGGGAGUGGAGCGCUGCAGGGUUCUCACCAGCGAUUGGUUCAGAGAGUGGAUGCUGAACCCAGACCACAACCCGAUUCACCCCAACCUGAAGACAACAGUGUACUGUAACGCUAUCGCAGCAGGAGGGGUGGCGGAAUGGGACUUUGCCUGGCAGAUGUUCAAGAACGCCACAGUAGCCACAGAGGCUGCCAAGCUGAGGUCCUCCCUGGCCUGUACUAAGGUCCCAUGGCUGCUGAACAGGUAUCUGGAUUAUUCCCUGGAUCCAGCUAAGAUCCGAAAGCAGGACUGCACCUCCACCAUCAACUACAUCGCUGGUAACGUGGUGGGGAUGCCCCUGGCCUGGGACUUCAUCAGGGCUAGGUGGAACUACAUCUAUACAGAAUAUGGUGCUGGAUCCUUCUCAUUCUCUAACCUCAUCAACGGAGUGACCAGGAGAUUCUCUACUGACUUUGAGCUGAAGCAGCUGAAGCAGUUUAAAGAGGACAAUGCCCGUGUGGGGUUUGGCUCGGGGACGCUGGCUCUGGAGCAGGCUAUUGAGAGGACUACGGCCAACAUCAAAUGGGUGGCGGAGAACCAGGAGCAUGUUGUGAAGUGGUUGGCCAAUGAAUGUACGUGAAAUACCCCCCACUACAGCACCGUGCGACCAGGCCAAUGGUGUUACUGCUUACUGAACCAUCAGGGAUAUACAGACUGUAUUAAACAGACCACAAACAUGGGGCUGUGUGUCCCAAAUGGAACCCUAUUCCCUGUAUAGCGUGCUACAUAGGGCUCUGUUUAAAAAGAGUGCACUCCAUAGGGAAAAGGGAGCCAUUUGGGACAGAGAUGUGCUGUAUAAUGAUGAAUGGACCAAAAUCAUGUUGUUACUUUAAUCAUGUGCAUCCAUUUUGAAUUGUCAGUUUUUCAUGUUCUCAUGUUAAUGUCUGCCAAUAAACGCUCAGUUAAUAUC